AGACGCCGCGGCGGGCGAUGAGGAUGGAGGCAGGGGAGGCAGCGCCGCCGGCGGGGGUGGGCGGCCGCGCGGUGGGUGGCUGGGGCAAGUGGGUGCGGCUCAACGUGGGGGGCACCGUAUUCCUGACCACGCGGCAGACGUUGUGCCGGGAGCAGAAAUCCUUCCUAAGCCGCCUGUGCCAGGGCGAGGAGCUGCAAUCGGACCGGGAUGAAACUGGGGCCUACCUCAUUGACCGAGACCCCACCUACUUUGGACCCAUCCUGAACUUCCUCCGACAUGGCAAGCUGGUGCUGGACAAGGACAUGGCUGAGGAGGGGGUCCUGGAGGAAGCUGAGUUCUACAACAUCGGCCCCCUGAUCCGCAUCAUCAAAGACCGGAUGGAGGAGAAGGACUACACCGUCACACAGGCGCCGCCCAAGCAUGUGUACCGGGUGCUACAGUGCCAGGAGGAGGAACUCACGCAGAUGGUCUCCACUAUGUCCGACGGCUGGCGCUUCGAGCAGCUGGUGACCAUCGGCUCCUCCUACAACUACGGCAGUGAGGACCAGGCGGAGUUCCUGUGUGUGGUGUCCAAGGAACUCUAUAGCGCCCCCCAUGGGCUGAGCUCUGAGUCCAGCCGCAAAUCCAAGAGCGUGGAGGAGCCUCUGGAAGAGCAGCAGGAGGAGGAGGAGGUGGAGGUGGAACAAGUGCAGGUGGAGGCAGAUACGCAGGAGAAAGCCCAGUCACCUCGGGAUCCCGCUAACCUUUCCUCCCUCCCACCACCGCCGCAGCCUCCUCCUCCCGCUGGAGGUUCCCGUCUGCACCCUCUCAGACCUGAGGCUGAGCUUCCAGUGAGGGCCCCCUCUCGGCCCCCCGCCCGCCCCCAGAGCUGCAGUCCCUGCUGUUACAAGACAGAGGUACCCGGAUGUGAGACCUCAGAUCAUCUCCAGGGACUUGGGGUUCCCAUCUGAAAUCCUUUCUUUUUGUACCAUGGGGUGGGCCACAGGCCCAAGGCAGAGGCAGUGUGUUCCCCCCUGCCACUUCUUUCUGCACCUGUGGGGGUCUG